AUGCAAAAGGCCCCCCCCCCCUUGUGUGACAGUAAGCUGAGCCUCAGUACCCACUGGAUGACCCCCGACCUGGUAGACUGUUCUCCAGUGGUGGAAACCAUCCCUGAUCUGGACCAUGUCCAAGUCACCGCUGACAACUCUCUGGACGUGGUGGAGAUGAUCAAGGAUUUACUCCGCGACCACUCCACCAUCAGCUACAACGAGCUGGUCACAGUCCUCAACAAGCUGGAGGACAUAGUGAACGUGAGUGUGCUGACAACAGAUCUUGGCCAAGCUCUGAUCAACAUCAUCUCUGACAUACUGGAGUCUGACAGCAACCUGCUUCCUUUCACCAACACGAUCCUGAACAUCACUGAGGCGGUGGGAGACAGGAUGGUGGGCUACGAGGGCUUCUACACACUGGUCGCUCCGGCCAUCGCUAUCUCAGUGGUGGACGUGGUUCCUGACCAGUUCGGCACUUUGACUUUCGGCGUGUUGUCUGAUCGCGUAGGGUCAACGCCUGAGAUUUUUAUCAACAGGUGUCCCUCUAGCAGCACAGUGGCCUUCAUCUCCCUGCCGCCGGUCCUGCAGCACAGUUUCCCACAAGGCGACCAGAACCAGAGCCCACCACGAGUCCAGUUUCAGUUCUAUGGUUUACCCAUGCUCUUCAAGAGCAGUGAAAGGGAUCGGACCCUCAACUCCUUUGUGGUGUCGGCCAGCGUGACCAACACCAGCUCCCCCAUCAAAGACCUGGAUGAAGACGUCCGAGUCACGCUCCAUCAUCUUAUACCCACAACACUUCACGACAACGUAAAGUGCGUUUACUGGAACUUCAAUAAAAACGACGGACACGGAGGCUGGGACGAUUACGGCUGCAGAAAAUACAACAGCAGCUCUGACUACACAACUUGUCUGUGUGAUCAUCUCACACACUUCGGAGUUCUCCUGGAUGUCUCUCGGACUCCGCUGGACCCGGCUAACGAGCAGAUCCUGACCAUUAUCACCUAUGUCGGCUGUGGAGUCUCAUCGCUGUUCUUGGGGAUCACUGUUCUCACCUACACAGUUUUCGAGAAGCUUCGUCGAGACUACCCCUCUCAGAUCCUCAUCAACCUCUGUCUGGCGCUGCUGGGCUUGAACCUGGUGUUCCUGGUCAACUCCUGGUUGUCCUCUUGGGGUCUGCGCGCCCUCUGUGUCACUGCAGCCGCCGCGCUGCACUACUUCCUCCUGGCCUCCUUCACCUGGAUGGGGUUAGAAGCCGUCAACAUGUACUUCGCCCUCGUCAAAGUCUUCAACGUCUACGUGCCCUCGUACAUCCUGAAGUUCUGUGCUGUGGGAUGGGGGCUUCCUAUGGUGAUCUGCAUCCUGGUGCUCGUCCUGAACAGAGAGGCCUACGGCAGUCACCUCUACACCGACACUCAGCCCAGAUUAGACACACUGGACCAAUCUGACGACUUCUGUUGGCUGCAGGACAAUGUGACAUUUUAUGUUUCCGUGGUCGCCUUCGCCGUGCUGAUCUUUCUCUUCAACACUGCGGUUUUUGUGGUGGUUUUGAUCCAGAUCCGCCACAUGCGAGCCAACAGCCCGGCUGGGAUCCGCAGUGGGCUGAUGCACGACCUGAAGGGAGUCGCCAGUCUCACCUUGUUGCUCGGACUCACGUGGACGGUUGGCUUUUGUACCUGGGGGCCGGCCAGAAUGGUGAUGCUGUACCUGUUCUCUGGACUCAACACCCUGCAAGGACUUUUCAUCUUCUUCUUCCACUGUCUGAUGAAGGAGAACGUCAGGAAACAGUGGAGGAUUCACCUCUGCUUCGGACGCUUUCGACUGGAGGAGUGUUCCGAGUGGAGCCACUCGGCCUCGGCUGGAGUUAUGGCCAAACCCGACUCCGAUCCUCCGAGAGCAUCGGUGCCCUCGGUCCACUCGGUCAAGUCCAGCUCCACGGAAAGCACGUCCGCUUCCUCCGACUCCAGCCAGAGGGACUCGUCCUGCAAGAGGCCGAAUCUAGGCCUUUUUGUGAAUUCCCCGAUCCUUCCUCGAGCCCAGAGAAGCCCGGCUCGGCCAGGAGGCCCCGCUGCUCAGAGGGAGAUGAACCCGACACCUGGCUGGAGGAGUCACCUGCUCGACCAGCGAGAACAAAGAUAA